AUGGACUCGCCCCCGAAACGACGAAGAACGGGUGAAGUAUUAGAGCUACCCAUUGGCGCAAGCCAAACACUCAUACCCAGGAGGGAGUCACGCUCCCCAGGUCGUACAUCUUUUCAGUCGCCUACGAGAGCGAGUCUGGCCAAAUCACACCCCGAAAUCCUCGAGCGCGCAAUUAGCAGGUCACCAAGCAAACAGUCCCCCAUUCGGCCGAGUCCGGAAAAACAGAUCUCUCAAGAUGAUCCCAGAAGCCUUGGCAUCCGCGGCCGCAAGGCAUUCCGACCAUCGCUGAAUCCCUCGAGUCCACUGAAAGCGCCGCGAGCCUCGGGGUCUCCUAUGGUUUUAUCUCCGAGCCGACGCGCCAGCAAUAUCCAAGCCUUUUCCAAACCUCCGCGUCGACUGUCUAGGAAAAUCUCAGCUGCGGACUUUGUUUUUGGGUCUCCUGUUCGCAAGCCGAUCCGACCAACACAUGAUCUCUCAAAUACGCCCGAGGAACAGCUUGCACUGGACCUAGAUGCCGCAAUACAGGAGGAAGUUGCGGGAGCAGAUUUGGGCUUUGACGAUGGGAGUGCUGGUACUACCCAUGAGGACGAUUCUCUUGAGCCCGAUUUGCCCCCGACUCCAGCUCAAUUGGGCUUGGAGAAGGCUCCUGCCCGAUCGAAGGGUCUUUUGAGCAGCAGUCCAAGCUCGAGGCAAGAGAGACGCAAAAAACGGGCAGCGACAGAUUUCCUUCAUGGCGGCUCUACGAAAGCGCUCAGGUCUCAAUCAUCACAAGAGGAGGCCUCUGAGGACAGCGCGACGUUGACGCGUACUAGUGCGACCGCAGCCGUCGUUGGGAAACGAAAGACUCGAAAAGGUCUGGAGGCCGAGUUACGUCGACUGAAGGCCGAGGUGGCCGAUAUGAGCAAGUGGACUGAGAAAGUCGAUUCGGGCCUGACCUUGUCGACAGAAUCGGACGAGGUUCGCAAAUUGUUGAACCUUCUCAAGGAAGAAUCCACACACAUCAAUCAGCCGAUCCCCCAAAGGGAUCCUAUCCCGGUUUCAGCGCUUCUUCGCACUCUUCUUCCAUUCGGUGCCAAAUUGCCUCGGCCGGCGCCUUCGGAGAUACCAAUGCCGACAAACCCUUUUGCUUUGAAAGAGAUCUCAAAAUCUGCAGGGUAUCUUACUUUCUUCGCUCCCUUGACACUUCGAGCCACCACCAGUCGCACAGCUUCAAAAGCAGUCUCGCUGCUCGAGACACACACUUUGAAUUUUACCGCGCCAUCCCCCUUUCCGUCUUCGCUCUAUAAUGUGUCUGUGGUGUACGAGACGAAUCCAGAGACACAGAAUAUCACAUCUGUUUCGGUCCCAACGGGCGGAGACAGCAGAAAGCGAAAGGUCCCUACGGCACUCCGGCAGUGGAUUGAUACCCGCCUUGAGAACCCAUUGCUAGCUCUAGACGUUGCCACUCUGUGCUGGGGUAUUAACCGCUAUUGGGAGGCUUCGGUGACUCGUGCACGACUAUGGGCUCGAAUUGACGCCAGUCAUGGGGCCGGUUCGAUCGAGCAGGCAAAUAGAAAUCCCCCUGGGGAUAAAGAGGGUGUCAUCACAGCUGCAGAGCUUCGAACCCUUGUCCCGCAUCUGGAGCGCAGCACCAUGGUGAUCAAACAAGCUGUCACGGAUAGCCAGGGGCCACGUGUGCUUCUCUCGAACGCACUGGUUAUAGACGAAUGGACUGGGGAACCGCAACUCGAAUCAGCAAUCACCGUAUCCACGCCCAAUACAACAGCUGAUCUAAACAAGAGGAUUGAUCGAGAAACGAGAAAACUGUUUCAUGCGUUGUUGCGGGAGGAGGGGGCCGUCUCCAUCCGUGGGAAAACUGCGAGAGGCCUGCAUGCCGACGCCAUUUUCCGAGCCACGGAAGGCGCGCUGGGUGCUUUACGGGCUUCGCAGUGA